AUGUGGAAUGACUAUAGUUUAAGAUGGAAACCAGAAGAGUUUGGUAAUAUUCAAACACUACGAAUACCAACUACCCAAAUUUGGACACCAGAUAUUUUUCUAUACAACAGUGUCAAUGACAAGUUUGAUACUGCAACGAAAAUCAAUGCCGUUGUACAACAUAAUGGUGACAUACUAUAUGUUCCACCAGUAUUAUUCAAAUCAAUUUGUUCAUUUAAUAUUGCUGCAUUUCCAUUUGUAAGUAUCAAAAAAAUGUUCCAAUUAUAUCGUACUUUUAUCUUGAAUGUUUGUCUUUUUUUGGAUACACAACAUUGUACACUGAAAUUUGGAUCUUGGACAUAUGAUGAUGCUGGAGUCAAUCUGACCGCAGAAAGUAGCAAAGGUCAACUAGAUGCAUACGUUACAAGUGCCGAAUGGGAUCUAGAAGGUAGUCGAUGUGAGUUAUGUGCAUUUUAUUCUAUUCGUUCUGUUUUAGAUUUCACUGCUACGAACAAUCGUACCAAAUACGACUGUUGCCCAAGUGUGUACCCAUACGUACUAUACACUAUCCAAAUUCGUCGACGUUCUCUUUACUACUUUACAACUAUUGUCGUGCCUUGUUUUCUUAUUAGUUGUAUGUCACUACUUGGAUUUUUAUUACCACCGGAUGGUGGUGAUAAAAUAAACUUACGUGAGUUAGAAUUUGAUGAUAAAAAAUGUGUUCUUAUUCAUUCUAUAUGUUUAGAAAUUACAACACUUCUAAGUGUUGUUAUGUUCUGUUUACUUCUAUCAGAAAUUCUGCCACCAACUUCCACUGCUAUACCAAUGAUUACCGUUUAUUUUAUGUGUGUUAUGACCAUGUCAGCACUUUCAGUUGUUGCCUCAGUAUUAAUAUUAUCUUUUCAUUUUCGAAACUCUAAAAGUCAUACAAUGCCAUUAUGGGUUCGUAAGUAUAUUUGUAAUUAUUUGGCGUGGCUAUUACUUAUGAAGCGUCCUGAUCAUGAUUUGAAUUGGCGCGGAAUUCGUCGUCGGUGGGCUUCUUCUAAACAAGAAUCGAAUAAUAUUAAUAAAUCUAUUGAUAAUCAUCAUUCUAAGAUUCCUUCUGAACCAUUGUUAGAUAAUACAUUCGAGUUGUUAUCGACCAACGUUAUGAAUAUUGAUAAGAAACCUUUAGAAUUGUUAGAAAAUCGAGAAAAACAAGGCUCAGAUUCGCUAUUAGAAUUUUCUGUACCUUCAACAACGAAAAUUCACGAUUCUGGUCAUCAUCAGAAUACAUCGAAAGAAUUGUAUACAUGUGAUACGGAACCGAUUCGUUCUGAGCUACGUAUUAUCAUUUCUCAUCUUACUAUUCUUACUAAUCAUUUUCGGCAACAAGACAAAGAAGAUGACGAAUCUCAAGACUGGAAAUUUAUGGCAAGAGUCAUUGAUCGUCUUUGUCUAGUGGUUUUUGCUGUAUUCAUGAUUCUUUUUACUGUACUUAAUUUUAUCAAUAUUUAA